AGAGGAGAAAAAGAAUCUACGACGCUAGCAGCUUGUUAGCUUCUUGUUAGCUCGUAGUGACGUUUUGGCUUCUAUCUGGAUGGAGGAGAAAACAUCUGGCUGUUAUUAAGGAAGCGUUUCCAGAGCCUGGGAGUCUCCUCCCUCAUCAUCCUCUCCUGUGGGUUUGAAGAUGUAGCCAAGAGUGAAGAGUGUCUGCAGUAUCUCACCUGGAAUAGAUAAUCAGUGAAUCUCCACCUCCACCACCCGCCCCGCCCUAACUCUGGAGCCCUCUGGCCCCUGACCUGGGCUGCCUAGCGCGCGACCCGGCCGUCCUCCGUCCGUCCGUCCCGUCCCGUGGACCCCGCGGCGCCCAGCGAUGCUCUUCUCCCUGAGGGAGCUGGUCCAGUGGCUCGGCUUCGCCACCUUCGAACUCUUCCUCCACCUGCUGGCGCUGCUGGUCUUCAGCAUGCUGGUGGCGCUGCGGGCCGACAUGUUCACGCCCUCGCUCAGCUGGUGGCUGGUGUUCGUGCCGCUGUUCGCCGCCGACGGCCUCAGCACCUACUUCACGGCCAUCGUGUCCAUCCGCCUGUACCAGGAGAACGAGAAGCGUCUGGCGGUGCUGCGGCUGCUGUGGGUGCUGACGGUGCUCAGCCUGAAGCUGGUGUGCGAGGUGCUGCUGUGCCAGAAGCUGGCGGAGCAGGAACAAGCCAGAGACCUUUGGUUCGGCCUCAUCGUCUCGCCGCUCUUCAUCCUGCUGCAGCUGCUGAUGAUCCGAGCGUGCCGCGUCAACUGAGACGCAGCAGCCAGCGGCUGUUAGACACAAACACAGAGAUCUUCAUCUGCCGUUAGAGAUUUAAAGCAGAACCAUGGUCCACUUCUUCUUUUGGCUCAUUGUUUCCUCUUUGUUUUACAAGGAAAGAGUUUUUCUUACACAUGUUCCAGGACCAGAAUGAGUGUUGCUAGAUAUUAUUUUGUUUCUAAUGGCUUCGAAAUUAACUAAAAUGUUCACUGGUCACUUCAGCUGUAAUGCAGCAUUAUUUCUCUCAUAGUAGCAUCAUGGUUUUGGAUUCUGUCCUACAAAGUCUAACUGCAGUAGCUACAUUUUUUGGUCAUAAUUGAGUUUUAACUAAAAAUGUACUCCUUGAUGUCUGUUUUAUCUUGUGACGAAGUUUUAGAUUUCACUUUUGCUUUAUUGCAAAGAAAUAAUUCUAUAAAAAAUCGCAGUAACUACAAAAUCCCACUCAAAACCAAGCAGUAAUUCCACCUACCACCAUCUGCUUUGGAUAUAUAUAUAUAUAUAUAUAUAUAUAUGUAUAAUAUAUUCAUUUAAACAUAAGAAUGAUAGAAAUUAGAAGUUUAUUUUAAAGGGAAAUUAUUAUCUAGAUAGUGAUGAAGUAAAAAUGUCAGAUAAAAUUAUAUUAUGACUAAAAUAUGACAUUACUUUAGGAUAUUAAGUCUAAAAUACGCAAAUCUUUGAAUAGAGUUGUUAAACACUUUUAAAUACAUUUAUAAAUCAAAAUCAAUGUGAAAAUGUUUAUUAAGUGAAAACUAAAUAUAAAAGCUGAAAGAAGAAAACAAAAUAAAAGUUACUUAACUCUGGUUAUCAUCACUAUUAGAACCUUUUACAGCAAAACCAGAGUGAACUAACUACAUUUUUGGGGUCAAAGGUCAUAUAAAUCAUGAUUUAUGAGCAUAAUGAUUACUCAUCAAUACAUGUAGAAAUAAGUCUCAUAUCACUGACCUACCUAUAACACAUUAAGCUGGCCAGUUAAAAAACUUUAAAGCAGUUUUUCUCAGUUUAACCCUUUGUUAAUUACUGCAGUUAGACUCUGUAGGACAGUAAUAGAGUCACCACAUACUUUUGGCCAUGUGCUGUAUAUUAAACAUACUAUUCAACCUUCAGUUAAUUCUGGAGACUGAAUUGAAGUAAAUUGUAAAAAUGAAUCCCACUGAAUUAUUGCUUGUUAUUCCGAGCCGUUCUCUCAUUAAAGUGGAUUACGGCUGUAAGUUUCUGAUGCUUUGAGCAGUAAAAUGUGUGUUUGGAACAUGUUGUGCCUUUUAUAUUGUGCAAUCAAUGGUGAACAAUGAGCCAUGAGCAAAACGUACCAGAGUUAUGUUUUAAUGCACAUGUGCACACUACACAUGUUAAUGUAAUAAAGAGGUGAAGCCCAGCACUGUAGAAAAGGUCUAAAACCAGAUCAAACCGUAAAUCUGAGGGAAAUGAUCUUGCUGCAUGGACAGAUAAUUUACCUUGAUGAGAUUUAUUAAAUUAAGAUUAUUAAAUCUAGAAAUAAGUAUGUUGAACAAUAAAAAAUAAGAAACUAACUCUUAAAACCAGAUAAAUUAUCUAACACUUUUUUUUAUCUUGGUAAACAAAUAAUCAUCAGGUCACUCUGCUCGGGCCAGUUCAUCACUGCAACUUUAAUUUAUCUUGUUUUAAGAGUUAAUUUCUUAUUUUAAGGAUUUUUUUCCCUUUUUUCUGACUAAUUUUUUUCCUUAUUUUCUGACAUUUUUUUCCUGUUUUUCUGACUAUUUUUCUGUUUUUCUGAGUAUUUUUUUCUGGCUUUUUUCCCCCUGUUUUUCAGAGUAUUUUUUUUCUGUUUUUCUAACUAUUUUUUCUGUUUUUUAUUAAAUCUUGAAAAAAGCAUGUUGAACACUUAAAAUAAGAAAUUAACUCUUAAAACAAGAUAAAUUAUCUAACACUUCUAAAGUUUUAAAAAAAAAUCUUGGUAAGAACCAAAUAAUCAUCAGGUCACUCUGCUCGGGCCAGUUCAUCACUGCAACUUUAAUUUAUCUUGUUUUAAGAGUUAAUUUCUUAUUUUAAGGAUUUUUUUCCCUUUUUUCUGACUAAUUUUUUUCCUUAUUUUCUGACACUUUUUUCCUGUUUUUCUGACUAUUUUUUUUUCAGUUUUUUAUUAAAUCUAGAAAUAGGCAUGUUGAACACUUAAAAUAAGAAAUUACCUCUUAAAACAAGAUAAAUUAUCUAACACUUCUAAAUCUAAAGUUUGAAAAAAAAAAGAAACUAAUAAUCAUCAGGUCACUCUGCUCGGGCCAGUUCUUUAAUUUAUCUGGUUUUAAGAGUUAAUUUCUUAUUUUAAGUGUUCAACAUGCUUAUUUCUAGAUUUAAUAAUCUUAAUUUAAUAAAUCUUGUCAAGGUAAAUUAUCUGUCCAUGCAGCAAGAUCAUUUCCCUCAGAUUUACUGUUUGAUCUGGAUUUUAAACACCUUUUUUUUUUACAGUGAAUGGCUGUAACGCCCCUUCAGAGCUCAAGGAGUCGUUGCAGCUUUGUUGCUUGCCAGCACAAUUUGUUUAGAUUUACUGUAUUAUCAUGUGUCUCACUUUGUUGCCUGUUGCCGGGCGUGUUGCUCACACAAUCCCCCCUCGUUGCCUCGCUUGUCCGUUCCAUCAGAGAGAUGUUCUGAAGAGAAGAAGAGGUGAAUCUCACCAAGCAGUCAGUCGUUGUGUGACACGUCUUCCCCAGUAUUUGCUGUUUUAUUUGUACAACACGUGAUGUAACUGAUCAGAGUUUGAUCCUACCUUGUGUAUGUACUGCAUGUAUUUAAAGCCUCAUUUUAAGAUGAUUCCAGAUGUGAAAUUAUGUGUUAUAUGUAUAUGUUGAUUUUGGAAAGAAAUUCACCAAAUGUUAUUUAUGUUCUUGUUAUGGCGCCCUUAUUGUCUCUUAUCUGUAUAUACAUGUAAA